AUGGUCAUGUUCACUGUGCCGUACGGGGAGCCCAGCAACUGGGUCCGUCGAGGUUAUGCUUCUGAAACAACGACCGCACAACCAGCAAUGUUCACCAUUGAGCGCGGCAAAAGUUCAGGGGCCAUCGAAGCCCCCAAGCGAAGCGGCGCACUCGAGCCUACGAAACGGAGCGGAGCUCUUGAACCCCUCAAGGGAAGUGGCGCCCUUGAGCCUCCCAAGAAGAGCGGAUACGGAGACGGCAAGAAGGUCGAUGAGGGCAUUGAGCGACCCCCCGAGAAGACUUGAGCCUGGCAGAGACUCCAUCAUGGACCUUCCGGAUAGUAAGACCUGGACGUGUUGUAUUGGCAUGUUCCUAGUGCCGAGGUGUUUCCAAAUGCUCAUACCUCGCUGCUGCAGAGGCAAAGGCAAAACGGGCAACACUGUUUUCGAUGACCACUUCUGCUUUUAAUUGAGCUUAUCCUUCAUAAAGAGUACUGUCAACUUUGUUGCUGAGAGGUGAUCG